CUUGAUAUCAAUUUGGCACAACCGCGUUCGUUCAGAGCACGAGCAGCCCAACCUCCUUGUCGCCAAAUUGCAUAGGUCAUCUCUGUCAUUUACGAAAAGAACAGCUGCAAGGCGCACUGCUAAAAGUCUGGACUCGGGUUAACAGAGUUGCACGCAAUAUCACAAUCUUCAUUUUUAUAUUGCGGGGAACUGUUCGUUCAGGAUUGUCUCUUCGCUGUCCCAUCCCAUGGCGGAUUCUGCCAUUCAACAACCCCAGGUUAAGCUAAAGCUGAAAGUAGGCACAAGACCACAGCUACCUUCAGACGCUAGUUUCCCACAGCCUCGAAAACUGGUCUCCGAAACAGUCAUCCCAGAUCAGUUGAACCUUCCCAACUCAGUUUCGCAGACAGCAUCCUUGACGGACGAUGCUGCAGCUUCGCCCCGGACUGACGAUUCCUCCAGCCUUGGUCGACCUCCAGCAUACGUACGCGGAAGAGGCCACACAAAACGUAAAAAAAGAGAGCCCCCUCCUCCUGCGGACCCCGAUGCCAUGAGGGUAGCCCUUCACGCCGCUCUCGGCGGAGGCUCCUCCAAAAAAGCCUAUACUUGGACGUCUGAUAGAGGCUCGUCGCCAGCGCCAGCGAAGCCUCCUCAGACGUUUUCUAAAUCUCCCGACCCACCAGCACCUAACUACACAGACGCGAUAUACAUCCCAAAUGUGGAUGAGAGGGGACGAACCCGGCAAACCGUCGUCAAGCAGAACGAGGAGGUCGAAUCAAAGCUAUCACCCACUCAGAGCACAUCACCUCGAUCCACGGUCCCAACAGGAGCAGAGUUCCAACACGAUGCUAAUGGACAGUCAAGACCAUCAGUAGCAAACGCAGAGCGGCAAAUCAAAGCUCCGGCACAGAAGCCGCCAAAGAAGAAAAAGGCCCCGACAAAAAAGAAGGGAGACCUGACUGGAGAAGGGUACAUGGCCUUGACUCCGUAUGGAAGAUCACCAGCGGGAAGCAGCCACAUAUCCAGUGCUUCACAUCAUCCCGGAAAGCCACCAAUCCUGUUAGGCAAAGAUGUAAAAGUCAGGCCAUGGACUCGGGAUCGAUUAGUUCUGCCGACGUUGACAGGACACAGCUUGGAAUUGCCUGUCUGGCGACCUGCUUCCCGAGAUGGCGCCUCGCCUCAAAACCCUGGCCAGGCGUAAUCCAAACCGAGGGCACCCUAGAGUCCAGAAUGACAUUCCGGGAUGGAUUACAUUGCGCGCGGACUUACGAAGAGCUACGAUCACUCAGACACACGUUCACCUGCCGAUAUUGUCUCACGAGGCUCCAUCAAUCAAUGACUGAGAAGUAAUGCCUCAGUCAUUGGACCUUAGGUGCUGUUACUACAUAUCUAUGCGAAGCAUUCCCUCCUCAGCUCAUAGUCUAUCAUGCUUCGGGCUUGCUUGUCUUUCUGAAAACAAGAUUCGACAUUAUUUGUCGUAGGAAGUGAUCCAAGCUGAGGACGUCCUUUCAGCGAUUGCUUGCAGAUCAGUUAUAUAGACAGAUAAAUGUGAAUUGUGAGGAAGAUGACCUCCCGAAUCAAUCGUCCCUAAAUAUCAUAUCUUUUGCUAGUGGGAGCCUGCCCACAUAUUUUGGAUUUUACGGA